AUGGGUAAAAAUCAAAGCGUGCUUGACACAGCAACGACUCCUAGUACAGAUUCCAAACAAACAAUACCCGAAUGCGAACCACCUGCAUCACCUUCAAGAUCCGAGAAUCCUCCAAGAAUACUGGUUAUUGGUGCUGGCUCUCGUGGAAACUCUUAUGCCCGUGCCAUCAGAGACUCAACAGCCGGGAAAGUUGUGGCCGUUGCCGAACCUAUCAAAUUUAAACGGCAUGCUUUCGGGGGGAAAUACAUUUGGGGCGAGAGCACUGCAGCUGAGGGCCAGGAAUUUGGGAGUUGGGAGCAGUGGCUAGAGUGGGAGAAACUUCGCAGAAAACGACAAACUGCCGGGGAGAAGGUACCAGACGGAGUCGAUGGUGUUCUUGUCUGCACGCUGGACGAAACUCACGUCGAGAUUAUUACAGCAAUUGCGCCGUUAAACCUCCAUAUUCUGAGCGAAAAGCCCUUGGCUACAAAGCUGGAAGAUUGUCUGCGCAUCUACAGUUCACUCUUGCCGUCGGGUCCGCGCUCUGACCCGUCCGCCAUCUUUGCAGUUGGACAUGUCUUGCGUUACAGCCCACAUAAUAUGUUGCUACGCAGACUGCUUCUGGAAGAGAGGGUCGUUGGCGAGUUGAUUUCUAUUGAGCACACUGAGCCUGUGGGGUGGUGGCAUUUCUCGCACAGUUACGUGAGGGGUAAUUGGCGCAAGGAAUCAACAACGGCACCUUCGCUGCUGACAAAAAGCUGUCAUGAUAUUGACCUUCUUCUCUGGCUUUUGUCCUCACCACCGUCAGGUUCAAAGCGCCCUCCUCAUUUGCCGGUUCGAGUGUCCUCUACAGGUCACCUCGUGCAUUUUAAACCUUCCAGAAAACCAGCUAGUGCGGGCGAUGCAACCAACUGUCUGUCUUGUCCGGCCGAAUCGCAAUGCCAGUAUAGUGCUAAAAAGAUUUAUCUCGAUCGCAAUCUCCGGCAAGGCAACACUGGUUGGCCCGUGAAGAUAGUCAGCCCUGACAUUGAAGACAUUAUGCAGCGAGAUGGGCUUGAUGCUGCGGAGCGUAAGCUGCUCAGAUCUCUUGCGGAAGAUCACAGCCCAUCUAUGAGUGCGCAAGAGAUCGAAGGUCGACCAUGGUUUGGAAGGUGCGUAUUCGAUGCUGGCAACGAUGUGUGCGAUGAUCAGUUCGUCACAAUAGAAUGGGAAGACGACCCUAUUCCGGACUUUACCGACGGGAUCCCUGGGAAAUUGAGAGAUCGGGGCGCCAAAACAGCCACUCUGCACAUGAUUGCCUUCACAGAAAAGAUAUGCGAAAGAAGAGGUCGAGUUUACGGCGAUCAGGGCGAGGUUGAAUACGAUAGUAACGUGAUACGGGUUCAUAGCUUCGCCUCAAACAAGACAAAGACAUAUCAUCCUCGUCAAGCAGGCGGCGGUCAUGGUGGCGGUGAUGAUGGAUUGGCGUCUCAGUUCGUUUCGGCAAUUGAGGCUGUGAAGAAUCAGUGCUUGGACGUCAAAGAGGCGCAGGUUCGCUAUGUGGGAUGCACUUUGGAGGAUGUCAUUCGUAGCCAUGCUCUAGUCUUUGCGGCUGAAGAAGCUAGAAGGUGCCACAAAGUUGUCAACUGGACAGAUUGGUGGCAGCAUAACGUCGAGCUGGCGUUUCAGAAGUGA